GAGCACCAGACGUAUGGUGAAGUCAAUCAGCUUGGGGGUGUGUUCGUCAACGGCAGGCCGCUCCCCAACGCCAUAAGGCUGCGCAUCGUGGAGCUGGCGCAGCUGGGCGUGCGCCCGUGUGACAUCAGCCGCCAGCUCCGGGUGUCGCACGGGUGUGUCUCCAAAAUCCUGGCCCGGUACAACGAAACGGGCUCCAUCUUGCCUGGCGCCAUAGGCGGGUCCAAACCUCGCGUGACCACGCCCAACGUCGUCAAACACAUCAAGGUCUACAAGGAGAGGGAUCCUGGGAUCUUCGCCUGGGAGAUACGGGACAAACUGUUGGCCGACGGCGUCUGUGACAAAUACAACGUGCCGUCGGUCAGUUCGAUCAGCAGGAUUCUGCGCAACAAGAUCGGCCCGGGGUCCAACAACGGCGGGUCUGGGGGCGGAGCCAGCCCCGUACAAGGAUCCCAGUACGAAAAAUCGUCCCCGCCCCCUGGUCACCACCCUCACCACCACCCGGUGGCGGCACACCCACACCACGGUCAGAACCACCACAGUUCGCUCUACAACGCCCAGUUUUACCCAUACUCAUGCGCGCCGACGCCCUCGAUGCCCCCAGCCAUGGGGCACCCCCAGAUCAUGUCGCACAAUCCCCACCAGCCCCCGGGGGUCCCCCCGGGCAUGGGGUUCCAGAUGCCGUCGGCCAUGUCGUCUCACCACAAGCCGCCGUCGGGGGGCUGCGGGUCGCCGUGCAUGAUGAGGGCGUGGCCGUCGUCUCAUUCCGUCCACGACAUCCUGGGGUUCCACAGACCACCCCACGCCAUGGGCGGGCAGCACAUGCCCAUGGCGCACGACGGCAUGAUGCCCAAUGCCAUAUCACAGCCUUACAACAUGGGAAACUAUUACAUGAAGGCACAGAUGUCACCAAUGUACUUACAGAGCUGA